AGUAGAGGGGCAAGCUUUACAACAGAGAGACGCCCAUUCAAGACAUCCACUUCGCUCUACUCGACUGGUUCCGUUCCGUCCGCCAAGGUUUACCAGCCGACGCACCAAAACCUAAAUUACCUUAACCAUGGUUGAAAUAUUAACCGCGGUUAAGUUGUGGCCCCACCCCCCUAAAACAUCAAACCCAACAUAUUUUAUAAUCCUCAGCCAGUAGCCACAGAAGAAAAAACCAAACAACGCACAAACGAGAGGGAAAAACAAAGCGACGAACAACCAACGACUCCACAGCCAGAAAUGGAGGCGGUUUACGUCGACGAGGAGGAGGUCUGGAAAUGUCCAAAACACCCUUCCAAACGCCGCAAAAGCGGAAUCUGCCACGUCUGCCUCCGCGAGCGCCUCGUCAUUCUCUGCCCCGACUGCGCUAACGUCCGCCCCUGCGGUUGCUGCGCUACGACGUCGUCUUCCUCGUCUUCGUCUUCGUCCUUUCGCUUCCCCGCCGGCGAUGGCGUCCGAGUCUCGAAGCUUCUCGAGAGCGAGCCCUCGUUCCGGCGGUCCCGAUCGGUAGCGGCCCCAUUUCUGCGCUCCACCUCGAAGUUUUUCGGCGGUGCUUUCAGACACACAGACUUUGACUUUGUCAGCGACCGGAGCGAACCCCAAAGCGUCGGACGGACUAAAACACCGUCGUUUUGGUCGUCGGUAUUCCGGUCGUCCCGCAGGAGCAAGACAAGCGAGGUUAAUAAUGGAGAAGACGAGACGACGGCGGAGAAGAAAGUGGAGAGCGAAAUUCAAGAGGAGGAAGAAGACGCAGAUGCUGCGAUGAGGAGGACGAUGAUGAGGAAAUCGAGGUCGGUGGCCGUACCGAUGAUGUCAUCAAAAUCCGGUGGCGUCGGAGGUGAGAGACCGCCGGCGAAAGGCAGGGGACGGUAUUUCCCGAGCCCGAUCAAGGCCUUCCGGCACUCCAAAAUUUCAAAGAUCUUUUCCGAGCGGUCGCCUGUGUACAGAGGUUAAUCAUAUUAUUUUCUUUAGAAAACAAAAAUAAUUAAAUUAGCAUUAAAAAAACAAUAAAUUUUAUUACUUUUAUUUCUUUCUUUUUUAUUUUAAUUUAUUUUUGCAACGUGAGAAUCCAUAAGGAAUUUUGAUCUUGCAAUGGUAAUAAUUAGAAUGCAAUUUAGGAUUAUGUAUUGCAAAGUUGGCAAAUUCAGUGAUUGUGAUUUGCGUGUUCAUUAAUUUUAUUUCUAUUAUGCUCUUUCUUUGGAUUUGAUUGAUUUAUGAUGAUAUUUAUUUUA